AUUUCAGAUGAGUCCUUGGCUUAUCUCCGCAGUCCUUGGUUGACUAAAUUUACACCUUCGGUUUAUACAGUUGUGUUCCUACUAUCACUGCCUUUGAAUAUAGCAGCAAUUAUGAUAUUCCUGUUCAAAAUUCAAGAGAAGACAUCAGCAGUGGUGUUCAUGUUAAACUUGGCGUUUGCUGAUGUCCUCUUUGUCAUGUUGCUGCCUUUUAAAAUCAUUUACCGAUUCUCAGGAAACAAUUGGGUGAUCGGAGAAGGAACGUGCCGCUUUGUCAUUGUUGCUUUUUACUGCAACAUGUACUGCUCCAUCCUGCUCAUGACGUGUAUCAGCGUGGACCGGUUCCUGGCGGUGGUCUAUCCCAUCAGGUCUCUGUUAUGGCGCAAAGUCAGCAGAGCCUGGAAAAUUUGUCUUUUCAUCUGGAUGGUUUCCAUUGUCUUUCCUGUGCCGCUUUUUAUACGCAAACUAACUAUUCACAUUGACCAACUAAAUAUUACAACUUGCUUUGACAUGCUGGGCCGUAAAGCUGUUGAGAACUUUUACUUUCAUUAUUUCACUACUCUUAUUUCAAUUUUCUUUUUGUUGCCUCUUAUCAUCACAACUUUCUGUUACGUUGCAAUCAUCCGAAGUCUGAGCUCUCCAAAAAUUGAAAGCACCUUUAAAAAGUCCCGAUCCGUGUUCCUUUGUGUCACAGUGCUUUUUGAAUAUAUCAUCUGUUUUGGCCCAAGCAACAUUGUCCUUCUACUUAAAUAUAUAAAUUUUGAUAAGCCAUUUGGAGACACUAUGUAUUUUGCCUACGUCAUCUCUGUUACCAUGAGUAGCAUUAGCUGUUGUCUUGACCCUGUUAUCUAUUAUUUCGGGUCUUCAAAGUGUCAGAAGUACAUAUACAGCUUGGUGUGUUGUGGCAAAACCAAAGCUGACCAUAAACAGACAGAUAGCUCCUCAAGAACAACAGGUGGGGAGACAUCUACUCCUACUCUGUAG